UUCGCGCAAACUCCGGAAAAAUAAUAAACAAAAGGAGCGAUGAAUCUUUUCUAUCGGAGUUGCCCGAUAAUGUGUCGUAUUGUGUCUUUGCUUGUUUAAGUGUUUACACGCGUGGAACGACACUGUGAGUUCAAAGAUGACAGAAGGUGGUGCCACUAGAAUGAAGCGCAAUGGCGCACGUCUUUUUAAAAAUCCUCCCCAACCUCACAUGUGUAUACAAGAUUUCUUACAGGGCACUGCUGUCCCGUGUUACGUGAAUGUUUUAUCUUGGGAGAAGAUUACAAUGCCACUGAACCCGUCGCAGCCGGUACGAUUUUACGGAGGAAUGAGAGUUCGCCCACCACGUACAAGGGCAGAGGCAGUAGUGUUCGCGGUAAUGGCUAAUCCCGAAGUUCUUCGAAUUAACGGCAAAAACGCUCAAGAUCCAAAGAAGCGUUCCAGCUUAAUAGAACUUUUACUAGACUUUGUGGAAAGGAUGAAUACAGGCAUAGUGUUUAUGCGGCAGUAUACGAUACUGAAAGAUCGAGAUAUUACCGGUGAAUUGAAAGAAGUUUGGAACGCGGUGCAAGCGAGGCGAGAUAUGGAGCAACCGCCGCCGCAGCAAGAAACAUGGAUCGACGCGCAGCCACCCGUUCCUCAGUAUCCUCAAUAUCAAGAUCAUCAGCAGCAAGAUUACACGUCUCAACCACCGCAGUAUCACUCGAGCGUAGCAUACGGCAGGGCAAUAAGUAACGAAGCUAUGCAUUACGAUGGCUAUGGUCAUCAACCUCAGAAUCCAGUAAUCACGCAGAACGAUCAGAUGUACCAAUCCGGGCAAUUAAUACCACAACAAUAUCAUGGAAACGUACCUCGGAUUACGCCGAUUUCUUCUAGAGAUCGUCGAGAUAACAUACAGAAUAUUCCGCAACAAAACUGCCCUGCGUAUCCGGCGCCGCAAUAUCAAUUUCAGCAGUUGCCGAGGCAAAUGGUACCUCAGUAUGUAAAUUCGAACGUUCAUCCUAAUACAGGUCUUAAUUACGGGCCAGCAACGAAUGCCAACGUUAAUCCACCUAUGAACACAAAUUUAGCAGCACCUUUUCAACAGUAUAUAACUUAUCAACAGCGAAUGGACAACGCGAUGCACAUUGAUAUGCGCAGAAUGCAACCGCAACAGCAGCAGAUCAUGUGCAAUCAUGUACAGCCGGUUCCGCAGUAUGAGCCGGCGGCGUCGUACAAUAUUCAAACGACUUCGUCGAUUAACGUUGUUAGACUAGGUAGACCGCAUAUGGGUGUCGCUCAGAAGAAUAACGCCAGUAAGAGACAAAUGAAUUCUCCUACUCAUUCCAAACACUCUUCCUGUGUAAAUUGCCAGAACAAGGACACGUCCGAGAAUGGCGCGAAACCGAAGAGUCCUGUGAAGGUCUUGCAGCGCGAGAUACCGUCGAACGAUCGGCAGGAUGCAAAUCAUCAUAUACUCAAUGAUAAUAAUAAAGUCGCAGAAAAGGAUUCGGUGGAAGAAACGAAGAACGUGCAAGUAACGGACUUAGACGAGUCUGAUAGCCAGGAGCUAUCUAGAAAGCCAAGUGAUACUCACGCUUCUGAUACAACGGCAGCGAAUACGACGAAUUCUGUCGAAGACAGUACUCCUGCUUCCGAAGAGAAGCAACAAGAGACAAAAGGUACGGACGUUCCAAACGGACAAAGUUCAUCGGAUCAAAAAUAUUCAAAGUCGAAAGCUGCCGUGACGAAAGGAAACAAGCACAAAGAAAAUACGGAAAAUAACAGAACGAGUCGGAUUGGAUUCGUUUCUGAUCAAAAGAACGACAGUCCGAAACGUUCACAGACGGUUAAUAGCAUCAUCAAGAGUGUUUUCAAGAUUCACCCCGGUAUGUCCGGCGAAGAAAUGUCAAACAAGCGAAAAACAAACGGACAGGCGAAAAAUAAUACUAAAAUUAAUGGCGAGAACGAAGACAUACAACCGGGAUAUAUGAUAUUGAAGAAAGGAGAUUCAACCACUCAAGAAGAAAUAACGAGCGAAUUAGCCCAACUGUCCAUUCAAGACUGCAAAGAUGCGACCGAGGUUGGUCCCGUGCUCUCGUGAUAGUCUAGUUUAUAGCUGGUGCUACCAGGUGCUAGCUUGCAGCUAAACAGCAAUGAAUACAAUGUAAAUAGAUAGAUGAUUAAUCUAUUAAAGGAAAAAAGGAAAAAAAAAAGAAGGAGAAGAAGAAGAAAAAGUCACAAUGGAAACAAGUGUUAAAGAGGGGGACACGAAAUCACAAUACAUAUGAAUACAAUCGUACCAAAAUACUAUAGGACGUGCUUUUGCUGAACGCCGUUUAUUUUUUGACGAAUCCAUUCGUCUUCCUUCGCAUAAUUUUUGACAAGACGGAUCAUAGUGAAAAGUUUUUCAACUGUGAAACUGGAUAAUUUUAAGCCGAAUUUAGGAAAUAUCUAUUUUCUGUGGGUAUAAUGUACGCAGACGAACAAUAGAAAACAAAAAAAAAAAUGCUUUUGAAGAAAGAUUUUAACAAGAUCUACGCUAGAUACAAGUGGAACUUUUAGAAGAGUGAUUCCCGUUAAAUGUUAAAUACGUUAAGGAGUGUUCAUAAUACAAGUUUAAGCAGCAACGUUAAUCGCGAUAUCCGUUAAACCAUUUUUUUUGCUUCCAGUAAUGUUUGUUGAUAGUGAAGUCUUCGAGUGAAGAAACAAAAAUUAUACUACAGCCAUCGACGUUUGCAUGCUGGAUGCAAGGAACGAAUUUGCAAUUUCCGAUUAUGGAUUUGAAUAGAUAACAUGUCUGGAAUAGUACAGUUUUUCGAGUCGAAAAAGAAAAACCGAGGAGAAAAACUGACCGAUAUAUCUGGUAUUUCAAUAACAUAUGUCAUUUAACGUAAAGUAUCGAGUCGUUCCCGUAGGUUAGACCAAGAAAACAGUUUCACGAUGGAAUAACAGCUGGUCAUCGCGUACUUACCUUCCAAACAAGCAAUUAGUGGAAUUACUUUCCGUAAUUACCGGGUGGUACAAAUCAAUACACGUUCGAUAAUAAUAACAUUGAUUGUAGUAGGUACGUAAUAGCUUUUAAGAAUUGAACUCAGAUUCUCGUCUUCGCAUUGAUGCUUCCGAAGACUUCGCCUCUUUUAUUUUUCAUACUCGUGCCGUGAGGUGUCUCGCGCGUGAAAUGGGAGAUUUCGAACAUUGCGUUUAAGACUCCAAAAACAAAACAACAACAAAAAAAAUAGAUAAAUAAAUGGAACAGAAAGAGACAGAAAAAUUUGUCCAUCCGGUACGUAUUCUUUGAUAGUAUCACUCCGUUCUAAUAUAUGCCAUAGAUUUCUUAAUGAAAUAAAAGAAGAAAAGACACAGGGCUGCCAAACCUCUCCGCGAGUCAUGUCUGGAGGGAUAUUAACACAAAUAAUUUAUUGAUUGACCAGCUUUUUCUCUUUGACUUGUACACGUUAUUUUAUCGCAGUUUUUGUAGCUUGCCUAAGAGGCUUUUUAACGAUUCGCGCAAAGGGAAAAAGGACGGAGAGCCAAAGGAAAUGGUAACGGCUCAUCUUAUCGGUGAUUCGUAUCAAUAGAGAUUGGACGGUCAAUUAAUAAAACUUGGCUUCGUUCGGCCGUGCACGGGUGAUGUGUCGGUGCGUUAGUUCAACAUCGAAUUAAACCACGAAGCCUCUGUAAAUUCGACGUGCCGUUUUGCAUUCUAAACGUAAAGUAUCGCUGCCACGCGAAACGACAUCGUCUCCUUAUCAAUUUAUUUAGCAUUGUUAGACCACUGUCGUGCGGUGCGUUCUGGCGAAUUGCAUGCUCUGAUAUUUUAUAGGAAUAUACCCCGUCAUUCAUUUACAGUCGAUACAAUGAUCGAGGAACUUUUAAAAUGAAACAAAACAAAACAAAAAAAAAAUGGCAAGGGAGACAAGAAGAAGACGCAAAAAAUACAAACAACGUC